CUGGGGACACUGGCUGCCACUGUACGCGCUGCCCGCCCGGCCCCGGGGAGCUCGCAGGACUCUUGAAUGAGUGCUGGGGGGUUAGCUGCGGUCAGCUGGGCUCCCGGGGGCCUUUCCCAGGUGGAAAGGAGGGGUCGUCUGGCACAGGGACCGGCGACCCGCUGAGGCUCAACAUGACACUCCUGGGCUCGGAGCAUUCCUUGCUGAUCCGAAGAAAGUUCCGAUCAGUUUUACAGUUACGACUUCAACAGAGGAGGACCCAGGAACAACUGGCUAACCAAGGCAUAAUACCACCACUGAAAAGUCCAACUGAAUUCCAUGAGCAAAGAAAAAAUUUGGAUAGUGACAAGACUGAAGAUUCCCUGAAGCACAAGGCCAGAAGCAGGUCCGACCGUGCCGACUUGGUUAAUAUGCACAUUCUCCAAGCCUCCACUACGGAGAGGUCCCUCCCAUCUGCUCAGAUGAAGCUGAAAAGAGCCCGACUCGCAGAUGAUCUCAAUGAGAAGAUUGCUCUCCGGCCCGGGCCCCUGGAGCUGGUGGAGAAGAACAUUCUCCCUGUGGAUUCUUCCGUGAAGGAGGCCAUAAAAGGUAAUCAGGUGAGCUUCUCCAAGUCAGCAGACGCAUUUGCCUUCGAGGAGGACAGCAGCAGUGAUGGGCUCUCUCCAGAUCAGACUCGAAGUGAAGACCCCCAGGGCUCAGCAGGGUCUCCUCCAGACACUAAGACCUCCGAGACCUCCUCGUUGGCUGGCCCGCUGGGGACAAUCCAGGAUCUUGCUUCCGGCUCAGAAAGUGAUAAGAACGACUCAGCCUCACAGUCCAGCAACCACCCAGACCCAGAGAAGCAAAGCCUUGGCCCCCUCAGUGCCCCCAUCCCUGUGCACGCUGCCGUAAAGUCCAAGUCCUUGGGAGACAGCAAGAACCGCCACAAGAAACCCAAGGACCCCAAGCCAAAGGUGAAGAAGCUCAAAUACCACCAGUACAUCCCCCCAGAUCAGAAGGCGGAGAAGUCCCCUCCGCCCAUGGACUCAGCCUACGCCCGCCUGCUCCAGCAACAGCAGCUGUUCCUGCAGCUGCAGAUCCUCAGCCAGCAGCAGCAGCAGCAACAACACCGGUUCAGCUACCCUGGGAUGCACCAAGGCCAGCUCAAAGAAUCAAGCGAACAGAUGAUCAGAAAUCCAAGCUCUUCAUCCACACCCAUGAGCAGUACCCCACUAUCUCCCGUCAAGAGCAGUUUUUCUGGACAAAGUGGUGUCUCUUCUCUCAAACCAGGCCCACUGCCACCCAACCUGGAUGACCUGAAGGUCUCUGAAUUAAGACAACAGCUUCGAAUACGGGGCUUGCCUGUGUCAGGCACCAAAACCGCCCUCAUGGACCGGCUUCGGCCCUUUCAGGACUGCUCCGGCAACCCGGUACCCAAUUUCGGGGAUAUAACAACAGUCACUUUCCCUGUCACACCCAACACUCUGCCCAAUUACCAGUCCUCCCCUUCUACCAGCACCUUGUCCAAUGGCUUCUACCACUUUGGCAGCACCAGCUCCAGCCCUCCCAUCUCACCUGCUUCCUCUGAUCUGUCGGUGGCAGGGUCCCUGCCCGACGCCUUCAACGACGCCUCCCCCUCCUUCCUGCACCCAUCUCCGGUGCACGUCUGCACAGAGGAGAGUCUCAUGAGCAGCCUCAAUGGGGGCUCGGGUCCUCCCGAAUUGGAUGGGCUGGACUCUGAGAAGGACAAGAUGCUGGUGGAGAAGCAGAAGGUGAUCAAUGAGCUCACCUGGAAACUGCAGCAAGAGCAAAGGCAAGUAGAGGAGCUGCGGAUGCAACUGCAGAAGCAGAAGAGGAACAACUGCCCCGAGAAGCAGCCACUGCCUUUCUUGGCCACCUCUAUCAAGCAGGAAGAAGCCGUGUCCAGCUGCCCUUUUGCCUCCCAACCGGUAUCUGUGAAAAGACAAAACAAUGCCUCAGAGAGUCAACCACCAGCAUGUGAGGCUGCCCAGCUCCUGCCCCUUGGGAAUGCCCAUUGUGUGGAAGCCUCAGGUCAAACCAAUGUACUUUCUUCCACGUUUCUCAGCCCCCAGAGCUCCCCGCAACAUUCACCGCUGGGGGUGGUGAAAAGCCCCCAGCAUAUCAGCCUGCCCCCAUCUCCCAACAACCAUUACUUCCUUCCUUCAUCUUCUGGGACCCAGGGAGAAGGGCAUGGGGUGUCCUCACCCCCCAGCAGCCAGGUCUGUUCUGCACAGAACUCUGGAGCACAUGAUGGUCAUCCUCCAAGCUUCUCUCCCCAGUCUUCCAGCCUUCACUCCCCUUUUCCAGGAGCCCAGGCAGACAGCAAUCAUGGUGCUGGGGGUCCCAAAAGUCCAGGAGUUCAGCAAAAGGUGGCUGGUUUACACUCUUCUGAUAAGGCGGGGCCAAAGUUUCCAAUUACAUCCCCAACUUUUUCUAAGUCAAGUACAGCGGUUUCAGAGAUUACACAGCCUCCAUCCUACGAAGAUGCAGUCAAACAGCAAAUGACUCGGAGUCAGCAGAUGGAUGAACUCCUGGAUGUCCUCAUUGAAAGUGGAGAAAUGCCUGCUGAUGCCAGGGAGGACCAUUCAUGCCUUCAGAAGGUCCCCAAGAUGCCUGGGCCCACCCGGAGCCCGACUGCAGUCCUCCCCAAGCCCUCAGCCUCCUUCGAUCAGACGUCCUCAGGAGGCCAGCUUGCCUUUGAACACUACGCCGCCGACAGCGAUGAGCACCUAGAAGUCUUACUCAGUUCCCAGAGUCCCUUGGGAAAGGUGAGCGACGUGGCCCUUCUGAAACUCGGGGGUGAGGAGGCUCCUUUCGAUGGCAUCAUGGACGGCUUCUCUGGGAAGGCAGCAGAAGACCUCUUCAAUGCCCACGAGAUCUUGCCAGGUCCACUCUCCCCGAUGCAGGCACAAUUUUCACCUUCUUCCGUGGACAGUAACGGGCUGCAGCUGAGCUUCACUGAAUCUCCUUGGGAAACCAUGGAGUGGCUGGAUCUGACUCCGCCCAGUUCCACACCAGGUUUCAGCUCCUUGGCCACGAGUGGUCCCAGCAUCUUCAAUAUUGACUUCCUGGAUGUCACAGAUCUCAAUUUGAAUUCCCCUAUGGACCUUCACUUACAGCAAUGGUAGAAGGCC